AUGAUGCUUUUAAUGUUUACUGACAUCUUUUUCACUAUAUGUUUGUAUCUCACNGAUGACCCACGCCUGCAGCUUCCCCUCCUCAUGACCUUCCUCCUCAUCUACACCAUCACUGUGCUUGGGAACCUGGGGAUGAUCCUGCUGAUCCUCCUGGAUGCUCGUCUGCACACCCCCAUGUACUUCUUCCUCGGUAACCUGUCUCUGGUGGAUUUCUCUUCCUCCACAGUUGUCACUCCCACAGUCAUCGCUGGGCUCUUCACAGGAAACAAGCUCAUUUCCUACAACGCCUGUGCUGCUCAGAUGUUCCUGUUCGCAGGCCUUGUAGGUGUGGAAAAUUAUCUCUUGGCCUCAAUGGCCUAUGACCGCUAUGUGGCAGUGUGCAGACCCCUGCACUACACCACCACCAUGACCACAAGUGUGUGUGCGGGUCUCGUCCUAGGCUGCUAUGCCUGCUCAUUCCUGAAUGCCUGCAUCCAUGUUGGGAACACAUUCAGCUCCUUUUGCAGCUCCAAUGUGGUCCAUCACUUUUUCUGUGACGUUCCACCGGUCAUGGCUCUGUCCUGCUCUGACAAACACAUUAGUGAGCUGGUUCUUGUUUAUCUCGUGAGCUUCCAUAUCUUUUUUGCUGUUUUGUUUAUUUUAACAUCUUAUGUCUUCAUUUUUGGCACCAUCCUGAGGAUGCACUCCCGUGCAGGACCUCGCAAGGCUCUGUCCACCUGUGCCUCCCACUUCACUGCCGUCUCCAUCUUCUAUGGGACUGCGAUGUUCAUGUACCUGCAGCCCAGCUCCAGUCACUCCAUGGACACUGACAAAAUCGCCUCUGUGUUUUACACCAUAGUCAUCCCCAUGCUGAACCCCAUGGUCUACAGCCUGAGGAACAAGGAGGUCAACAGCGCCUUCUUAAAAGCCAAGAGUGCAUUCACUUGUUUGAGGCCCCGUAAGCUGUAGGAAUUUGAUUGUAACUGUGAGGUGAACCAUUUCUGGGUUUCUUUUAGUUUUUGCCCAAGUGCUGUGUUACAU